AUGGCAGGUUGGGAACAGCUUGCGCAAGACAAGCGCGACGCCGUGAACACCCUCAUCCCUCAAGGAUGGAGACUCGAGCACAUACCCAGUGUCGAAGAGCAGCGAGACGUUACCGGCAAAUACGUCCAGCAGUUCCUUAGCGAACGAGAAGUUGAGAUUACCGAGACGGAUGCUGUCGGCAUUGCGGCGAAGACGACAGCCGGAGAUUGGACUGCUGUGGAAGUAACCAAGGCCUUCUGCCAUAGAGCUGCCAUCGCGCAUCAAUUGCUUAACUGUCUCCACGAGAUCUUCUUCGAUGCCGCAAUCGAGGAUGCAAAGCAGCUCGAUGACUUCUACGCCCAAUACAACCGCCCCCUGGGCCCGCUUCACGGCGUUCCUGUCAGCCUGAAGGACCAGUUCCACGUCAAGGGCGUCGAGACGACAAUGGGCUACGUUGGUUGGAUCGGCACCUUUCAGGGCAAGAAAGAUACCGGCAAGGAGAAAGUCUUCGAAAGCGAAAUGGUCCGAGAGCUACGGGAACUCGGCGCUAUACUGUAUUGCAAGACGAGUGUGCCACAUACGCUGAUGGCGGGCGAGACGGUCAACAACAUCAUCGGCUAUACUUUGAAUCCUAAGAACAGGAAUCUGAGCGCUGGCGGCAGCUCCGGCGGCGAAGGUGCUUUGAUCGGUCUCAAAGGCUCGCCAAUCGGACUCGGUACGGAUAUUGGAGGGUCUAUCCGAAUCCCAAGCGCCUUCAACGGCCUGUAUGGUAUCCGGCCGUCAACUGGGAGAUUGCCGUACGAGGGCAUGGCCAACUCGAUGGACGGACAAGGCACCGUACUCUCUGUUGUUGGUCCGCUAGCGACAACUGUGCCAUCGCUGCGGCUGAUGAUCAAGUCGCUCCUAAGCCAGGAGCCAUGGUUGCACGAUCCGUUGGUCAACGAGCUGCCAUGGCGAGACGAGCAGGAGAAGCAGAUUCUGGACUUGAUCGGGCCGGCUGGCAAGGGUGGCAAGCUCGCGUUCGGCGUCUUGAAGAACGAUGGAGCGGUAGCGCCGCAACCGCCUGUGCGUAGAGCAAUGGAGAUGGUGGUGAAAACCCUUGAAGGACUCGGCCAUGAGAUCAUUGAAUGGAAGGCCCCAUCCCACAAGCCGAUCAAUGAUCUCGCCCUCAAAACUUGGUUCUUCGACGGCGGAACCGAUAUCAUCGGAGCAUUCAACCUUUCCGGCGAGCCCGUAAGCAAGCAGAUAGGCGGUGCCUUUGGCGACAAGCCGUUCGAGCAGGCGAAAGCGAGCGACAUCGCUGCGGUAAAUGUUGCAAAGCGCGAGCUUCAGAAGGAGUACAUGGAGUAUUGGAACAGCACGAAGGACCUUACCAGCACUGGCCGGCCGGUUGAUGCAAUGAUCUCGCCAGUUGCCCCAUUUCCCGCAGCGCGAAGGGAGAAAUACAACUACUACGGGUACACCGUAUGGGUCAAUCUUCUGGACUACACAUCUGUCGUUGUGCCAGUGACCUUGGCCGACAAGAAUGUCGACAAGAUUGAUACGGAUUAUCAGCCGAUGAACGACAUUGACAAGGCUACUCAGGAGAACUACGAUCCGGAGAUCUACGACGGUUCCCAUGUUUCUGUGCAACUUGUGGGCAGGCGCUUGCAGGAAGAGAAGAUGCUAGCAAUCGCAGAGUAUCUCGGCGACGCCCUGUGCGGCAAGUAA